CCGUCGCUUUACGGAAGCGCCGUCCGCCGUCUCCGCGGACAGAAACAGAAACAUGUGCAGAUUUCUCCUCCUGGCGGCGUUUUAACUCAGAUGGAGAACUACGUGAGAACCCGGGUGGAGGAGCAGCCGCCCCCCUGCCCCUUCACAGGCCUGGGGCCCGACACGCCGGAGGUUCGAGUCCGGGACGGCAGCAAGAUCCGGAACCUGCUGCGCUUCGCCCUGAGCCGGCUGGAGGCCGAGCCCCGGCCCGGGUCCGAGGAGGAUCCGGUCCAGCCCGGGGACCCCCCGGUCCCGGCCCGGCCCCCGGCGGAGGCCCGCCCCCCCUGCAGCCACCUGGUGUUCACGGCCAGCGGCCGCGGCGUGUCCAAGGCCGUCACCUGCGCGGAGAUCGUGAAGCGGCGGGUGAAGGGCCUGCACCAGCUGACCCGGGUCCAGUACGGGACCGUGGUGGAGGUCUGGGACCCGCUGGAGCCCGCCGGCACCGGCGCCGGCCUGGACAGCCUGACGGUCCGGAGGAACCAGCCCACCGUCUGGAUCCUGCUGUCCCGGGACCCGCUGGACCGCAGCCAGCCCGGCUACCAGGCCCCGGGCCGCUACGACGGCCUGUGGGCCCCCGGCCCGGGCCCGGGCCCCGGUACCGGCAGGGAGGAGGCCGGGUCUGCCGGGCCCAGGCCCGGUCACCGCAGGAAGAGGGGGGGAGGGGGAGGACGGGGGAAGGGCCCGGCUCGCCCCGCGGGGCGGCCCAGGGAGGCCCUGAAGGGACAGAACUGAGACUCUUACUGGACCUAGACCUGGACCUGGACCCGGACCUGGUUCUGGUUCUGGUUCUGGUUCUGGUUCUGGUUCUGGUUCUGGACCCGGACCUGGACCUGGACCUGGUUCUGGUUCUGGUUCUUUCCAGUCCAACACUCUUCAAAUCCUCUGUUUUUGUUCUGAACUCUGAUCUGAUGCAGAUCUUCUUCCUGCUCCACCUUUUGUUUUUUCUUUAAUAUUUUUAAAUCAUAAUUUCUGAGCUUCCCUUUUGCUAAUUUGAGUCUUAGAUGCUGAUUUUUCUUUAAAAACGUGCCGGAUUAAGGAGUCAGGACUUCAGGUGUCUCCGGUACAAACGUGUAAAAAGUUCUCUGACGUCAUGAAAGAAAUAAAGGUUUUGUUUCUGAAACA